AUGGUGGAAAGUUUGAGUAAUUAAGUUGAAAACAGGCUCACUUUUGACUCACUUGUAGAUGAGGUAGACUUACUUACUUAAUUUAAUCAAUUAUACUUUCAGGAAGAAAAAAAUAACAUUCCGGGGUCUGAGAAGUUUUUGGGAUACCAGGAUGAUGCAGGUGAUAUAAGGGUGAGAUAGCAAAGCUGCAUGAUAAGAGAUUUACCAGAAGAUGAGGUUCCUGAUUUCUGGAAAAAGAAUUAAGAGCAGCCUAAAGCCUAAAGAAUGACUAUUAAAGAAAUUGUGCUUAAGAAGAUGAAGCGUUAGCCAGGUACAAAUAUGCAUUACUGGGAGACUUGGCAAACAACAUUUCAACUGAUGAUCGCCGUAAUAUUUAAAAACUUACAUAAUUUCCUAACAGCUCCACUUGUUGAAAUUAUCAGUGUAGAAGUGAUAUGUGAUGAUAGGCCAAAUGGACCAAUCAAACUUGAAAUGAAAGAAGUGGGAGGAGUUUUCUAAGCUCAAGAUUACACUUUGAAACAGAAAUCUACUGUGCAACUUAGAGUUACUUUCAAAGUACAUAACGAUAUCGUAUAUGGGCUGAAAUACUGCAAUGUAGUUAAAAAGAAGUCAAUAGUUGUCGAAAAGUAUGAAGAGGUCAUGGGCACAUUUGCUCCUCUUGACAAGGUAUACACUAUUGAUCUUACACCUGAGGAAACUCCAGGUGGAUUCUUGUAUAGAGGAUAAUAUAAGGGAAAAAGUUUGUUUAUUGAUAACGAUGGCAUAGUACAUAUGCAAUUUGAAUACACCUUCAAUAUAAAAAAGACAUGGGAGUGA